AACAACAACAAAAAGAAACAAUAACCAAAAAAACAAUUAACAAAAACAAAAAAAGGCUAGAAGCGUGGAACCGUUGCUGGCGUUUUCUGUUUAUAUUAUUCCUGCUGUAGUGUGUGAUUGGUGUAAUGUGAUGUAUAUCUCGCUGGUGUUGUGUGGUCUUGUUAACAAUUGUAAACAAUUAUUACAAUAAUAAUAGUAAUAAUAAUAAUAAUAAUAAUAAUAAUAAUAAUAAUAGUAAGUGGAGGAAACAAUAAGAGUGAACAUGUGUAUUCAGAAUAAUAUAUUUUUUUAAUAUAUAGUCAGAGACGGGAUAUUGGAGAGACGAAUUAGUAGGUAGAGAGAGAGAACGAAACAGAUGGACUAAAAUACAUAAGUUAUAAAUAUAUACACGCACGCAGACAUAUAUAUACACACACAUAUACACACACACAUAUAUAUAUAUACACAUAUAUACACACGCUCGCAGUGAUAGGAAGAGUAGAAGACUGGAAAAAAGAGGAAUACAUCGAGAUUGAUUAGAAAGAACAUAGAACGUAAGUUGUAAAAUAUGAUUGUUGGAUAGAACGAUAGAUAGAUUGAAUAGAGAGCCAGCCAGACAGACGGACAGAUACAAGGAUAGAUAGACGGACAGACAGAUAGAUAGAUAGAUAGAUAGAUAGAUAGAUAGAUAGAUAGAUAGAUAGAUAGAUAGAUUAUAUACACACACAUACUCGCUCACAUCACAUCACAACACACGUACACACACACAGAUAUAUAUAUAUAAACAGAACGGAAGCAGGCAUGUACCAAACAUUAUUCUGGAUCUGGGAACAUUUAUUACCAACAUGAUUGUCUUUUACAGACUGUCAUUCUCCUCUUUCUUUUCUUCUUCUUCUCCUUCGUUUUCUUCUUCCUUUCCUUCUUCCGUAUCGUCUUCCGUUUUUUACCUAUUCUUACUGGUGAUUGCCACAAACCAUGGACACAGCUCAGCAGCAAGGGAGACAAUCCACCAUUCCUCAUCAGCUCUACGUCCUACCAGUCACAUGAUGUUUGACUCAUUGAAUAGAUGGCGAGAUAAUGACAUUCUGUCCAAAGAAUUUCGAAGAGAAUCUGAUUUUAGAGGACAUUGUCGAUGUGAACGAAUACAACACACAGGAUGUCGAGAGGCAUGUGAACAGCUGAAGUCAACUAAUGAGAUUAACCAAUUACAAGAAUUUGCCAGUGCUGUGAAACAUUGUCCAGAUGAGCAGAUCUUUAACCUCUGGGAAUGUGCCCAUGUCUCUAUGUCAGUUUUCCGGAGUUUACAGUCCUGGCCUGGAAGAGUUUGCUGUGAUAAAAGUUUCCAAGCAUCAUGUUCUGCUGCUUGUCCAAUUGCUCAUUCCAAAGCCGACCUGAGACCCGGAUGUCAUCCUGUGAAAGACGUGGAAGUGUUCGACUGUGUUAAUCGAAUGACAUCAUCACAACAAUGUUGUUCUGCUGACAAAGCCCCUACACCCAGUUGCCAGGCUCUCUGCCAGAAUCUCUACCUCACCAAUACCCUGAAAAAUCAUGACCAAUUGCAAGCCCUUGUGCAACAUUGUUCUAUAAAGAGUCAAGCCAUGGUGCUGUGUGUUCUGGCGCAGGCCAAACCUGCUCACCUACGCAAUAUCAAUCAAUAUUUGCCAUGUUGUGAAAAAGGUGAGAGUCAGGAAUGCAUCAACACGUGUUUGAGUGCUGUCAUGUUGUUAAACACAGACGAUGAGAAGAUUGAUGUGGUUAUUAAGAAAUGUGGGGAACCCUCCCCAAUGGUUCCAAUUUGGAAGUGUUUCCUUCAGUUGGGUCUUACCAAAAAUAAGACAAGUCUUAGUAUAAUUGACGGUGCCAAGCUUCAAUGUUGCCGUAAAGCGUUAAGUAGUAAAUGCCGGGAUCUGUGUAAAAAGACAUUCAGCAGCCUGUGGGGUGACAGUUCCAAAGCAUUCCAUGCUAAUUGUCUCACUCCGAUGCAGUCUCUGUUGGACCCCAUGGAGACACCUUUACAAAUGUGCAUUAAACAAGUGGACGAACCGUGCACCCUGGGCUGCGAUGGCCUCAACUUCUGCACCAAUUUCAACAACCGACCCGUUGAAAUGUUCCGCAGUUGCAACUCAAAGGCAGACAAUGCUGCAAAGCGUGAACUGCACCAUUGGCAGAGAGGGGUCAUUAACCUACCACAGAUGCGAAUACCGGUCAAAGAUAUCAAGACUUGUGAAUAUGGAAUGUGGAAGACCAUUGCCUGUGCCUUGCAAGUGAAACCCUGCCAUGGCCAGCCGACACCCCUCUCCAUCUGCCGAACUGAAAAUGUAAAUUUACCUUACUUUGCAACUAAAUGUGUUACCGAUACACCAAUGUUUGUCUUACUCAUUUUGCCCCACCUAAAUUUGUCUUUUAAUAUACUCAAAGAGAACGAUGAUAAUUUUCCGAAAUGGUGUUCUGAAUAUGUCAUAGUGUUUGUUUUUAACAUGUUUAGAGAAGGAUCGAGUCCACAUCGGACAACCUCACAGGAACUUACAAAGCCAUGCUACCCAAAUCCGUGCAACAAAAGUGAUAUAUGCCUGAUAAACCGACGGAAGUGCAAACAUCCGGAAAAUUGCAAACCAUACAUUUGCAAACCAGCAUGUUCCGUUGGAGAAGUUUCACUGCUGAAGGUUCCUCGUGGUUCCUACGUUCGUCUUCCAAGCAAGAAUAUGUCCUGUUCCAAAGUAUGUCACUGCAACCACAAGAACAAGAUUGACCACUGCCAACCGUUGCCUUGUAUUACCAACAACAACAAUAACCUAAAAAUGCAAAAUAUAGCCUACAUGUCCCACUGUAAUUUCUGUACGUGUUACUCCAGCAAGACAAUCUGUACGAAGCGUCAGUGCGUGAAACCCAAAGACAAACUACAUAGAACAUACACAGGUUUACCAUGUAACUGUCAGUCUCAUUACUUCCCAGUCUGUGGAAUAAAUGGCAGAACCUACCCAAACAGAUGUUUGGCAUUAUGUGCAGGACUCAAAGAGAUCCAAUUUAGGUUUGGUAACUGUACUGCAAUCAAUCCCUGCAAGAACGCAAACUGUGGUUCAGACGAGACGUUAUCAAAGAAACCAGGUUGUAGUCACAACCAUGAACAUGUCUGUGAUACUCUUGAUGAAGAAUUCUCCAAUAUCUGUUUAUUGAAUGGUCAUAACAGGAGUUUAGCUUACUGGGGACACUGCCAAGAAAACUGUAAAAACGAUGGAAUCGUAUGUGGCCACAAUGGUGAGACUUACACCAGCGACUGUGAAGCUUUUGCCCAUAAAACAACAGUGGACUAUAAAGGAUCAUGUCGAAAUGUGGGGCAGCUUUCUUUGCAAGAUCAACAGAACUCUCACUGCUUCCAGAUGACCUGUCCUCCGAUCCAUCCAAGUUCUUGUAAACCAAUUACUCCUCCGGCUGGUUGCUGUCCAAUAUGUGCUGCUGAACUCCGUGUUCUUUACAGCACCUCUUUGGCAGAUGAUGCCCAUAAAGUGGCCGACAUCAGACCCAUCUCAACCUUAAACAUUGCUGAGAAACUCUCAGACCUGAUGACUGUGCCACAGUGUGAUGUUUUUGCCUACCUGAGUUUAGAAGGAGACAUGGUUAUCUUAAUUGCACCUGUCACUAAACAUCCGACAGAGCUACAGGUGGCGGCGUGUAACCAAGAAGCUCGGAGGUUCCAUCACCUGAUCGAGACCAGCAGUCCAACUCUAAUGUCUCACCUAACCCUGAUGCCUUUACUCAAUGCCUUGCUACGGACCCCUGUCGUAAUGCCAGUAGGGGCUGCCAGCAGCCCCUUCUUGCCAUCGCUCACAAUCGUGUGUGCAGUAUUUGCUUUUAUGAUGACUGUCGGUUACUCUUGACUGCUGCAGUACGAACUCCACUACACAGAGUGAGGUGAACCAGUAAAAUAACAACAGCAACAUCAAUAACAGAACCAAUAGAGGAACACAACCGACAAGAGACGACAGAAAAAAAUCACGGACGAAGGUGCGACAAGACGACCGUCUAAAUAGUAACUUCAAGGGAGUUAACCUCGGAAGAUUAAUUUCUAAAGUUCAAGGGAGUUAAUUUCAGAAAGAGUGGCUUCAAGGGAGUUAACUUUAGUAACUACAGCAGGAUAAUAACGAUGAAAGACUUAAAAUUAAUGAGAAAAAAAUGAAAAAAAAAAACUUCGUUAUGAAGGAUUUAAAGGAAAAAUAUUUUGAAUUGAAGGCCUUCAAACUGGAUGACUUCAGAUGAAAUACUUCAAAACAAGGGGUUUUUAGGUGAAAAGUCUUGAAGCUAAAUUACUUCAGAAAAAGGAAUGAUUUCACCUGAAAGAAUGAAAAAAGAAAUAAUGUUUUGUGUAUAGGGCAAAUGUGGAGCGGCAGAAAUUGUUGAUUGACUGGUGGAGAUAGUUUUUUUUUUUUUUACCUUUAUAUUUUUAUUUAUCUCCUUUUAGAUCCUGGCUUCAAAUUCUAUUAAGAUACUGAACGACAGUGGGUACCUGUAAUAUUCUGGAGGUGGGCAGGCAUUUCAUUCGACUAUACCUCCCCCCCCUCCUUUCCUUCUUGCUUUCUUUUCUUUCUAUACAAUAGCUCCUGCCCUCCAUCGAAAUUAAGCAAUCGAUUAUAUAGCAAUAGACUAUUUCUUGAGUGAGAGAUGAUGGAGAGAAGAUGAAUGUCUCUGAAUCUCUUGUUAACGAUUCUUUGUGCUUCAAAUACUUUGGCUUGGCUGUUAUCGGAGGGGAAAUGAUAAGACCGAGGGCGUGUCUGAGCUGAAAGCAUUGUUUUACGUUGGCUUGAAAUUAUUAUUGCAUGGAUGCAAUGCGAAUCUACGAUUUGGCUGUUGUUGCAGAGUUACUGGCAUUUAAAUAAUAAAUAUAUUAUAUAUAUUUAUUAUAAGCAUAUAUAUAUACAUAUAUGUACAUGUAUGUACGUAUGUAUAUAUAUAUAUAUACAUAUAUGUACAUGUAUGUAAGUAUGUAUAUAUAUAUAUAACACACACACAUAUAUAAAACACAUAUAUAAUAUAUGAACAUAUAUAUUAUGUGUGUAUAUAUGGUGUAAUAU